AUGUAUAUACGUAUCAUAUCUAAUUAUAUGGGUGUUAUAAUUAAACCAAUUCUAUUUCGAAUUAUAAAAUCUUAUCAAGUUUCCUUGACAACUUCUUGUCCAUUUAAUACAUCAAGUCAAAUAUUGAUUUUAAAUUCUAACGAUAUCUAUCGAAAUUUAGCUUUUGAAGAAUGUUUAUAUCAUGAAGGUGAAAAACACUUGAAAUAUUUAAAGGAUAAACCAUCAUGGUUUACAAAAAUCUUAUUAUGGCGUAGUAAUUCUUGUAUUGUAAUUGGUCGAUUUCAAAAUGCUUGGAAAGAAGUGAACAUUCCAUUGUUACAUUCUAAUGGUUGGAAAUUAGCUAGACGUCAUUCUGGUGGUGGUGCUGUUUAUCAUGAUCUUGGUAAUUUAAACAUAUCAUUUAUACAACCUAGAUGUUAUAUGGAUAGACAGAAAUGUAUGGAAUUUUUACAGUCGGUUUUACAACCAUUAUUAAUUCCUUCAAAUUGCUCUAUACAUAUUGGCAAUAGAUAUGAUUUGUGGAUUUCAGAAAAUCAAACUAAUACAAAUACAUUGCAAAAUAUGUCAAAAAUAUCCGGCUCUUCAUCGAAAUUCGGUGCUAAUAUGGCAUAUCAUCAUUGUACAUUACUUUUUGAUGCAAAUUUAAACAAUUUAUCUGAAGUACUGAAACCAACUUUUAUAAAUUUAAAAACCAAAGCAACCGAUAGCAUUCGAAGUCCAGUGAAAAAUUUAAAUUUAAACAUUGAACUACUUUUAAAUACAAUCAUUGAAGAUGGUUUAAAAUGGAUAUCCAAAAAUGAUUUGAUUACAUCUAACCCUGUUGUAACCAAUAUAUUGGAAGGUCAAGAAGAUCAAUUUAUCCAUUCAAUGAAAGAUUUUCAACAAACAUUAACAUUGUCACAAACAUGGUCAUGGAUUUAUGGUAAUUCACCAAGUUUUCAAUUAGCAUUAGAAAAUUAUGAACCUAAUCUAUCUUAUCUUACUAAUCAAUUUGGUUCCAUUAUCAUAGAUUGUAGUCGUGGUGGAGUUUUUAAAUCUAUUGGAUUUGAUCAUUCUCAUAAUUGUAAUGUAGAUCCUUUAUUGAAAGAUUUUUUAUCAGAGAUAACUAUAUGUCUUCAUGGUGCAGAAUGUCGAACUAAUUCAUGGGAUUUUAUAUUGGAUCAAUUUGUAUCUAAGAAACUAAUUCAAUUGAAUGGUGAAAAUAUGUCUAAUGAACAAUUGUUAAUAAUUAAGGCGUUAAAAAUGAUUUCUAGUCUAUUUUAA